AUGUCCAAGUUUGGCCUGGCCUUUGCCCAGGGGCCUGGCGCCACGGAGGCGCUUCUCCUGGAGACCGAUGGCCGGCGGCAGCGCGGCGACAGCAGCACCCGAGGCCUCCGCGGCUUCCGCGCGGCCGCCGCGGUCUGCCCGCAGCUUCGGGAGUCGCUGCUGUCCGCCGUCCAGCUGGAGGGCAUCGACGAGCUGUUCCAGCAGCAGACGCAGGUUGGAGGCAAGGGCCUGGGCCCCGACGCCGCUCUGCAGGGCUCCCUGGAGGCCGCCGUGGCGAUCUUCGGAAGCCACCCGGGCAACCACCAGCUGCUGCUGAAGACGUCACAGUUCCUGUCGCUGUUGCUCGCGGAGCCCAACGCACAGCAGCAGCUGCCGAUGGCGGUCCUGUUCCAGGCUGCGCAGGCCGUGUCCGCGGUCAGCGUCCAGCUCCUCGCCGACGCUGCCGCGGCGGGAUCCGAGGGCCUCUCCGCACAGGGCAAGGCGGGGUCGCCGAGCCCCGCGAAGCUGCUGACGUGGUUCCUGUCCCUGCUGGCGCUGGUCCUCCCCGGGCUGGGCGCGAAGCUGCGGGAUCGGCCAGCCUCGGAGCAGUUUGUGCAGGAGCUGCUGGGCAGGGUGGUCGCCCAGCUCCUGGGGGCGGCGGGGCCGCAGCAGGACGCCCUGGCGCUGAAGGCCGCGCAGGUGCUGCCCUCGCUGCCCCCGGAGCCGUGGGUCCAGGAGGCCUUCUUGGAGAGCGGGGUGGUCCACAGCCUCGCCCUGGCACGACGCAGGUGCGCGGACGCGCCACCGGACGCCCCGCUGCCGCACGCCCUCCACGCGGCGGCGCGCGGCGCGUUCUCGGACAACCUUGAUUUGUGCGUGAAGGCUCUGGAGGACAUGUUCGUCAGCGAGGAGUUCGUCUGCCUGCUCGUGCUGGACGAGCUGCAGGUCUCCAGCGACAUGGUCUUUUUGGCAGCCCGAACAAGGGGCCUCGGGGGCCAUGACCGGGCGUCCUCGAUCGAUCGGGCGGGGGCGAGCGAGCGGAGAGGGAUGGGGAGAGUGCGCCCGUCCCGGCUGGCCGCCUUCCUGGCUGGCGGGCCGGAAGACCAGGCAGAGCCGAGGGCCCCGCCAGGGAACGGCCAGGGCCCGGCCAGCCCCGAGGGGGGCGCGGCAGGGAGCAGAGAGGUGGGAGCCACAGGCGGCGCCCGGGCAGAGCCUGCAGAGAGCCGGCGACCUGAGCUGGCGAGGCAGGGGAGGCAGCGGCGGGGCAGGGCACCCACCCUGGACGAGGGAAUGGCGGCCAGCGGCGACCAGGGGAGAGGCGCGCGGGAGCCAACGGCGAGCGGCAAGACCAGCCCGGCACCGAACAGGUGCAGCAAUGCGGCCAAGAACGCGGGCCGGCAGAAGGGCAGCCGGCCCAGAGGGGCGUGA